AGCUCCCGUCAGCCCCGUGGUUUCCGUUUCGUAAACAUAAAUGACCAAUGCGCGUCUGUAUAAGUAGUACUCGUCUUGCUGCAGCAUCGCGAUGCCCGAGGGUCCGGAGCUCCACUUGGCCAGCCUGUUUGUGAACAGAGUGUGCGCAGGUGUGGUUUUUAGCGGACAUGUGGAAAAGUCAGACGUCAGCAAAGGACCCCAGGUGCCGUUUUCCAGCGAUGCCUACCGCAUCAGUGCUACCUCCAGAGGGAAGGAAGUCCGCCUCACACUCACUCCCAUCAAAAGUGAUAGAAAAAGCAAAGUCAAAGCAGAGGAAGACCAGCCGCCAAUGGAUGUGGUCUUCCGUUUCGGAAUGUCCGGCUAUUUCCGUUUCACAGCAGUGGACGAGCUCCCAAAACAUGCGCAUGUUCGAUUCUACACCAAUGAGGACCCCCAAAGGGCGCUCAGCUUUGUAGACACUCGCAGAUUUGGCAGCUGGCAACCCAAUGGGAUUUGGCAGCGAGAUAGAGGGCCAUGUGUCAUGUUCGAGUAUGAGAGCUUUAGGGAGAAUGUUUUGUCCAACCUAUCAGACAAGGCAUUCGACAGGCCCAUCUGUGAGGCUCUGUUAAAUCAGAAGUACUUCAAUGGGAUUGGUAACUACUUGCGGGCAGAGAUUCUUUACAGAGCAAAUAUCCCUCCCUUUGUGAAGGCAAGGUCUGUGCUAGAGGGACUCUCCGCAAAAGAUGAAAAGACAAAGGAAGUUAAAGAGGCGGCUGCAGAGAAGUGUGAUGCAGCUGGAAAGAGGGAGGUGAAAACUGGGUGCUCGGACAUUCUUUCGCUUUGCCACAGCGUACCUCUGGAGGUGAUAGACCUUGGUGGAAAAGGGUAUGAUCCAGGGGAUGCCGAUUUCACAGAAUUUGAAAGCUGGUUGCAGUGUUAUUAUGUAGAUGGAAUGAAUUCAAUCAGUGACCACAAUGGAAGAACUAUAUGGUUUAAGGGUGACUCUGGUCCUAUGGCACCUAAAGGUUCCAAAUCUCUCAAGACAAAGAGGAGAAUAAAGAAAAGUGAACAUGACUAUACAGAUUCAAAGAAGGCUGCCAAAAAGAAGCGAACUGGGAGCAUUUCAAAUGAAAAGCCUGUAAAGAAAGAUCCAGGCCCUGUAAAGAAGGUAAAGUAUGUGCCUAGGAGACAGAGUGGCACUAGGAGACAGAAUGCAAGUAAGAAAAGACUUGAUACAGAAGCAGCUGGUGAGAACAAAAUACCUAAAACGCGCAAGAAAAGCAACUCGACAGGGCCUCAGACUAGCAAGGCUAAGAGCACGAGAAGGCAGAGUGUACAAGAAAGCAACACUAAACCUAAGAGGACCACCAGAUCCCAGAAAAAGAGCAGUACAGAAGCUUAGGAUCAUUUUUAGAAGUAGUCGAAGAUGUGUUUAGAUAUUAGUAACCAUUUGGAAGUAUGUAAAUACAAAAUUGCGGGGCCACCACAGAUGGGUAGCUGUGCAAUAGAAGAGAAACCCUUCUUAAACAAACUUGCCAUACAUGCAUCAGGAUGCAGAAGACUAAGAUCAACUACUGUAUGGGACCACUACUAUCAUUUUCUGUCUAUAUUUUGUAAAAGGAUAAAUAAAAGGUGUUUCUAAA